GGUCCUAUUGGAGAACGGUGCCUGUCCGGAUGCAGCAGGACGUGAGGGCGUCACAGCCCUGGAGCUGCUACUGCGCAAGGAACGCGAGGAGAGCGCGGAUGCAGAGUGGAUCAGGCAAUGUGCAGAUGUGCUUCGGCGGAACCGUGCGACUUUGGAAGCCACACAGGAAGAGCACGAAGCGCGUCUCAUCGAGUUGCGUCGAAGCUUCGGAAUCAAAAUGGUGGGCGCCUUGCUGUUGGUCCAGUCGCCCACCGCGGUGCCGGCCGAAGUCUUGGAGGCGUUGCACUUGCUCUUCAGGGACCUACCUAAAG